AUGCAUUCAACAUUCCUGCCUCCGCCUACGCUGCAUUCAGAGCGCACCUACUGUGUGCCGGCGGGACCCCGGGCAGCUUCGGAGAGCCACAGUGCUGGAGGUGGGUCCCAGCUCCACCUCUGCCCACUGCCUCACCUAGCUGACGAGGAUGAAGGCACAGUCCUGCCACACAGGCACGUAGUUGUCGCCUGUCUGCUGCACCGAGAUUCAGGGCUGUGGCUGGUGGCGCUGGAAUGUCCAUUCUGCUGGCUGGUGUGGUGGUGCGGCCUGCUGGCAUGGCCAUGGCUGCGGGGCUGGGAUGGCGCUGUCCCCACUUGGUCCAGAUCUGAAUGCGUUGCCUGUGCCCAGAUCUCAGGAGUCUGCUCCCCCGGUGCCGCCGUCCCCCUCACUGACCUUGGCAAGCGCUCCUCUGGCGAGAGGGCACAGGGGACGCCCCAUUCCUGCGCGGCGCCGGCUCCCGGGCGGGUGGGAUGGCGCAGGGGCGCCUGGGGACACGGCCGCCCAGGGACGGGGGCUGGGGCCUCAGACGGCGGCCCGCUGGCGGCGCUCUCCCGGCACGUGCCGUCCGGUUCUCGACAUCGUGUAUGCCAGCUUCUGCAGGCAGUACCUGAACGCCUGCAGCAACACGCGGAAAAUGUACCAGCCGAUGAUGAGCAAUUCAGCCGACGCUGCCGCCACUGCCGCCACGGUUCCGAGAAUGGUGGUUGA